AUGUGCGACGAGGAGACGGCCACCGCCACCGAGCCGUCGUCCCCGCCGCCGCCGGUGGAAAGCACGACCAAGGACAAGAAAGAGGGCGGCGGAAGCGCAACGGACGUGCUCUCCGACUACGAAUCUCCUGUAGCUCACAGCAACGGAAGCCAGGGAGCGAGCACCGCCAUGGCACCGAGCCUAGACAAAGAAACAGCGUCGCAACAAGUGUAUGCAGGUCAUGAUGAAGCUCUGGAAGUGCAGCAGCAGCCAAAAGGGUUCAUUGAUAUUUGGGCAGAUAACGAGACUGAAGGGUAUCGACGUCUCAAGGAAUUGCUAGGAGACGAAAACCGCAAGUGGUAUGUGGCCAUUGAUACAGAGUUUUGCAUGAAGGACGGGGUACUCAGUCCUCAGGGAGUGCCCCAAUCUGCAGAUGCUCACUAUGAGCAGGCCCGAAGGAUUGUGGAUGAGGGUGAUUUGGUUCAAGUAGGUUUUGCGCUCGUCGACUCCAGGUCCGGUCUUGAAACAGAGUCUUUCCAGGUAUUUCAGUUCAAUAUCUGCUUUGAUCACACGGCAAGGAGCUCGACCAGCACAAAUAUCAGGUUCCUAGAAGAUGUAGCAAAGCUGAACCUUGCUGAUCAUGCCACUAGAGGUAUCAACGUCAAAAAUUUCAUCUGUGAAAUCAAAGGCAUACUGGGAAACAAGAACAUUAUAUGGCUCACGUUUCAAGGCUAUUCAGAUCUUGGUUACCUGAUCAGGGUGGUCCAGAAUUCUUGUGUUCUGACACCAUCAAGAAGAGAGUUCAUACGCUUGGCAAAAGGGUAUUUCCCAAGCAGCUACGAUCUGAAACUACUCCUCACUCUUGGGAUUUUCUGUCAGAAGCCCAGCCGAGGAGUGGCCGGGAGUGCGAGCCUAAAGGGUCUGGCAUCAAGUUUGGGGGUCGAGAGAAGUGGAGAGGAACACGGUUCAGGCUCUGACGCACACCUCACACUUGGGUGUUUCAUUCGCAUCAUGUUGAGCGAUCCAGCAGCCGCGUCGGAGCUGCGACGUUACAAAAACACUAUCUACGGGGUGGAGAAUCCCUUGACCUGUAUUACUGAUGACAAUUCAGAUGCAGAUCAUGUCCAAGUUUGGGCCUCCGAUUUUGACAGCCAGCUUGCAAUCAUCAGUUGCUCAUUGCAUCCUCUGGGAUGUCUGCUCACCGCUGAGGUUCAACUCGUCAGUGCAACCAUCAAUCAACCAGUCGUCUCCUACUCCCAAGCGCGCGCAGAGGCGUCCCAAUGCAAGGCGGACUUGGCACUAGGCUUCUCGGACCAGUUCGGCCGUUUGGCCUUUGGAAGAAUUUGGAUCUUCCAUGUGCAAGCGCAAGGUGCGGGAGAUGAGGAGAAGGGGAACAGGAUUAACCCAGCAAAGCUAGCGGAGCUGCUUACGAGGAUGAAAUCUCUGCAGAACCCGAAUGUGAGUUGGCUAUCGUCGAAUAGAGCUUGCUACCUCUACCUCGUUAGUGUUCUCACGAGAUGCCUCCCCCUCGAGGAGCAAGAAUUCUUCGCCCUUUGGAAUCUCUUCUUUCCCAACAGCGGGCUGAUCGAACACAGGUCCCCGGAGGAAGACCCAGGGCGGAGGGCCAUCAUCACCCAGCGGCAGAUGCUUGGGAACUCACACUUUCAAUGA